AUCGUCGUUAUGCCUGUCGCGGCAAACAAUCCUGCUGCCGGCGUCGUAAAUUCGAAGGAAGCCAGGCAGGGGCUACGCUCCAAUUUGCAUGAUCCUCCUUCCUCCUCGCGCGAAACGUGCUGCGAAUCGUUCCUCUCGGGGAAACUCCUGAGGCUGGAUGACGUAGACGUGACAAUAGCCCGUCUACUGGAAACCAGUCGUCUUGCUGGCCAAGUGUCGCGAGAAUCGUGUCCGGUAGAAAGAGUCGAACAAUUGUUACCUGUUCAUCGCCACCCACGCCGCGACUGACGCGUGCACACGUCUCCGCGAAUCGGAGAUGACGGUUUAGUGGAUCCUUUCACCGUUGGGGGGAAUCCCUAUAUAUACAAGUAUUCGACCACGACCCGCUUCGCAACGGUUCGAGGCACGAAGAUCGUCGCAGGGAUGAUGAUCCUGUCACCGAUAUUCAUCUUGAUCGCGGCAGCGCUCGUCGUUCGUUCAGGAGCGUACGGGGUGAACGGCGGAAGCGGUAGCCUGGCGUUCAGCAGCGCUUCCGCGUCGGCGAAUGCAUUCCUCGGCAAUUUCCCUGGAAGCUCCGCGAGUCACGACGGGCACAAAGGGAUCCGUAGCUACGACGACGGUGGAUCCGCCAACGGUGGCCAUGACCAAACGGCCACGCAUCCCGGAACCAAGGGUGGUAACGGAUGCGCGAAAUGCAAGUGGGAGGACGACGAUUAUUGGGAGCAGGAAGAGGACUACGCAGAACCGGAGGAGAGGAGCGAAGAUGACUGCGACGAUGGCGACGAUGGUCAAUACAGACCAGAGCAUCACGGCGGCCAUUAUCAUGGACGUGGGAAGAAACCUGGCUCGCCUUCGGGUGUGCAAAAAUUGGGAGCACCUGGGGUAGGCGGAAGUCCGGUGUAUGGUGGAGCUCCAGGGGCAGGUGGAAGUCCAGGAUAUGGUGGACCUUCAGGUGCAGGUGGAAGUCCAGGAUAUGGUGGAGCUCCAGGGGCAGGUGGAAGUCCAGGAUAUGGUGGAGCUCCAGGGGCAGGUGGAAGUCCAGGAUAUGGUGGAUCUCCAGGAGCAGGUGGAUCUCCAGGAUAUGGUGGAUCUCCAGGAGCAGGUGGAUCUCCAGGCUAUGGAGGAACCCCAGGACCCCAUGGUACACCAGGACCUCAUGGAGCACCAGGCUCAGGUGGAGCUCCAGGCUAUGGAGGAUCCCCAGGACCUCACGGAGCACCAGGAACAGGCGCAGUUCAACCUGGCGCCUCAGUCAAAGGAAGCCCCCAAUUCGGAAGCCCCUCGCCAGUAUCGCCAUGGAACAAACCAUCGGGAGCUCCAGGUACAGGAAACUACGGACCUGGUCCUCAGCUUGGCCACCAACCUAAUCAACAACCUGGCCAACAACCUGGUAGCUUCGGUACCAAGCCCUGGAACCAAGGUUCGGCGCCUGGAACUGGCUCGCAACCUUCAGUAGGCUGGAAUGCUGGCUCUGCACCAGGCAAACCGGGAACCAAUCAGCCAGGAUGGAACAAGGGGCCUGAAACGGGUUCUGGAUGCUCUGGCAGUUAUCAACCUGGCGCCUCCUGUGGUCAAGGCACAGGUGGUGCAGGUCCUGUGAAACAAGCUCCGUUACCCUUUGGCAGUCCCAACACAGACACCGUUCAGAAACAGCAAGGAUCCCCCGACUAUUCAACUAGUCCUACGGGAGGAUAUAGCCCUCAAGGUUCUCCUGGGUGCACUAGUGGUCCUUAUGGUAACUGUGGAGAUGCGCCUGUUGGAUCUCCGUAUGGACCAACUGCUGGACAGCCUGGAUCGCCUCAGAAUAAUAACGGUUAUGGACCUAACACGGGAAAUGGACAAGGGCAUCUAGGUGCUCCGGGAAGUCCAGGAUACUCAGGCAGUGCUGGAAGACCAGAAUAUCCAGGUAGUCCAACAAAUCCAUCAAGUCCAGGAUAUCCAGGUAGUCCAACGAAUCCAUCAAGUCCAGGAUAUCCAGGUAGCCCAGGAAGCCCAACAAGUCCAGGAAGUCCAAAAAGUCCAGGAUAUCCAGGUAGUCCAACAAACCCGUCAAGUCCAGGAUAUCCAGGUAGCCCAGGUAGCCCAGGAAGUCCAAAAAGUCCAGGAUAUCCAGGUAGUCCAACAAAUCCGUCAAGUCCAGGAUAUCCCGGUAGCCCAGGAAGUCCAACAAGUUCAGGAUAUCCAGGAAGUCCAACCAGUCCAGGCAGUCCAGGGCCAUCUCAAUCUUUCCACGGAGCCUUCGCAGGUGCGAGUGCCGGAGCUUUCGCAGGAGCAGGAGGACCAAGGGCAGGAAACGCGCCCAGUCCUGGAACAGCAGGAACACCGAAUUUUCCAAGUGGAAGUAGUCCUUACGGAGGUCAGAAACCGUCUUACGGACCUGGCAGCACCGGUCCUGGCGCAAAAGGAGGUCCAAGCGGAUCAGGCCCGAGCGCUGGGCCAAACGGUUAUGGCAGUGGCCCUGGAAACGAGAAGCCUGGCUCUGGAAGCAGUCCAUCCGCGCCAGGCAAGCCUGGACAUCGUAAACCCAGCAACGGGGACAGCAAUAUCUUUUAUAUAAACGUGAAUCCUGCUCCGGGAAGCCCUAUUGGAAAGAAACCUCAUGGCGCGACAAACGGAGAACCAGGAACAACGAAAUCUCCCUUUGGACCUGGAAACGCUGGAACUACGAAGCCUGCCUAUCAGCCAGGACCUCAUGGAAGUGCGGGAACCACGAAGUCUCCUUAUGGACCAGGUCCUUCUGGUGGACCUGGGGGUAAUCAACCAGGCUAUCAGCCAGGACCGCAUGGAGGUGCAGGACCCAUAAAUUCUCCUUACGGUCCAGGUCCUUCUAGUGGACCUGGAACUAGUCAACCAAGCUAUCAGCCAGGUCCUCAUGGAAAUGCAGGACCCACGAAGUCUCCUUAUGGACAAGGUCCUUCUAGUGGACCUGGAACUAGUCAACCAGGCUAUCAGCCAGGUCCUCAUGGAAAUGCAGGACCCACGAAGUCUUCUUACGGCCCAGGUCCUUCUGGACCUACUCAGCCUGGUUAUCAGUCAGGUUCUCAUACCGGACCUGGAACUACGAAGUCUCCAUAUCCAACUGGACCUCACGGAGGGACUCCUGGGAGCAGUACUGGGUGGCCCAGUCCUGGAACAGGAAGCCCAGGAAGUCAGAGCCCGUCAGGCUCGAAUCCUGGCAGUGGUCCAAGCGAUUGCGGAGCAGGCGAUGGACAGAGUUGCGGAGGCGGAUGUAGUCAGAAUUGCGAAAGUGGAUGUGGCCAGAGUUGUGGAGCCGGAUGUAGUCAAGGUGGAUCAUCGCCCUGCGAUCAACAAGGCGCUCCCAACGUCAACAAGAUCUCUGGACCAGAAGGUGGUGUACCUAACGAUCUCUCGCAAUCUCCCCAAGGAGCCUUCCCUGGAGGCGCUGGACCUGGAAAUAACAAACCUGGAAGUAGUGGACCUGGUUGCACUUACGGUAGUUGUCCACCUGGUGUCGGUCCAACAUCCUAUGGCAAACCUGAUACCGCGAAUAAAAUUCCCGGAGGUACUGGAACGUACGAAUGGAAUCCGUUUUUGACUGGAAAAGUGUCUCCUCCUACCAGCGGUGGCUCGUUCGCAACAACCACCAGCAAGCCAAUAGGUCUUGGGAACCCAUUCUUCGGGGGAGGUCCCGGAAAAAUUGGCGUAGCGACUGGAGCUGGAGCAUGGAGCAACACUAGUCCCGGAAGUCACUUCCCUCAAAGUGGAAACUCUCCACUUGGAGGAGGAGUAACGAACCCUACGAACAAAGACAAUCCCUUCUUUGGAGGAGGUUCAGGGCCAGGAUCAGGAAUUGGCGGGACAGAUGGCUCGGGUCCUGAAGGUCCAGGAGGCCAGGAUCAACAUCCAUACGGUCCCAAUAAAGUUACUUCGCCAUUUGACGGAGGAUCGAUUCAGCAACCAAAUACAAAUCCUUUCUUCGGCGGUGCAGCAAGUUCUUCCGGAGCUAGCAGCCACUAUCCUGGCUCGGGUUCGGGUCCGGGAAGCAAUUCUCAAUACCCUGGAUCUGGAUCGGGCCCUGGAUCGGAUAACGGAAGUCCUAAUGGCGCGAAACACCCGUCAGGAACUCACCGUGGCUCCGGAAGCGGAGGAGGCGUUGGAGUUGGCUUCGAUGGACUUUUGGAUGGUGGUGGCUUUGGUGGUGCGAUUUCUGGAGCCUUCAGCGGUGCUCAUGCGUCCAGCUUUGCUGACUCGAAUGCUGCUACCUACGGAGGAUCAAAUCCAGGUUACGGACAAGCGAACAGCGGGAACUGGGCGUCCAGUGGUGCUGCGAGUCAAGCCGGAAGUGGAGCCUGGUCCUCGAGCGGCGCAUCCGCGUACGCCAGCAGCAGCGCAGGCAGCUGGGCAGGAGCGGGACCACACGCUGUGAAAGGAUAAUCGACGAGAAACCAGUGAGAGAUGAAACCAAGGAGGAUGAGAGGAAGAAGAAAAAAAAUUGAAGACGCCGUGGAAUUACAUUUAACGCGUUCAACACCGCUUCCGGUUCGUAGAGACCUUGCGAAAUGUCGAACUUAUAGUGUAAAUGUUUACGUGAUAAUGGCAAGUGAUAAUGUGGGGAAAUUGGAAGAGAAUUUCCAUGAAUGCGAUAGUAUGCAUUGACAUAUAUAAAAUGUCAAUGAUAAUAUGAUGGUAUCAACUCUUUAUCCGAGUCUCCGGAAGUAUGAAUUUGCAUAAACAUUCGCGAUCUAGUUGCAAUAAUUUUGACAACAUCUUUACGCUAUCUUUACAGAUCUUUGACUCUUUCUACUUAACAGUAGAAUAGACGCGAAAUAGCAUUGGCGUUUAACGCGUUGAAUUAAACGCGAUGCUGCUAACACGAUUAAUUUUUAUCUCGCUUUAUUUGUACUUUUACUCGUAAUUUAUUUUGCUUCGCUCAUCGUGCGCAACGCAAUCACCGUGUCGAAACUCGUUUCAAGUCUUCUUUUACACCCGCAAUCCUGUAUGUUUACGUCGAUAAUUAGCGGAGGAUUAAUGCCGAUUCCACGGAGCGAUUGUGCUAUUAUUAUGCAGAGAUUGCUAUCGGCUGAUGUUCGAUAGAUAAUGAAUAGUGACAUAAGCGAUGAAUCGGUCGGGUUCCUGAACGGAUCUAAAGUGUUUUCAUUAAACAACAAUGUGAUUAACAAGGAAACUUGUAUGUAUGUGUGCGUGUACAUUGUAUAAUUCUUUUUUUUUUUUUGAACAUACCACGUUCCGACAAUAAAAUCAUCACGAUGGCCCGUA